CCCUCAGAACCCCCACCACCCUACGAAGAUGCGGCGAAGGAGCCGCUCCUGUCAGACCGCAAGUCGCCAGGCCCAUCAGACUCGAAACAGCCGCCCAGAGGACCACCCCCCCCUCGAGGACCCCCCCCGCUGCUCAGUCUGCCCGCAUUAGACGAUUUACGUCGAAAGCGCGUGAUUCUCGCCUCCGCGUCUCCUCGUCGAAAGCAGCUGCUCGCCCAGCUUGGCCUGCAGAACGUACAAAUAAUACCUUCCAAGUUUGCCGAGAACCUCUCCCACGACCUCGGCGCGCUCAACUACGUGCUCGAGACCGCCACCGCCAAAGUACAGGACGUGUACCGCAGCGAGAUCGACAACACAGACCAGGGCGAGCCUGCGCUGUUCAUAGGCGCAGACACCAUCAUAGUCAGCCACGAUGGGCGGAUAUUGGAGAAGCCACGGGGCGCUGAACACCACAUCUCCAUGCUGAAGAUGCUGAGGGAUCAAGGCGAGCACAAGGUCAUGACCGCUGUUGCGGUAAUGAAGCCACUGGAGAGUGCUAUGGACCCCGGGUACAGGCUCGAGUCACAUGUCGAGGAGACAACGGUCAAGUUCGACCCAUCAGUCACAGAUGAGCUUAUCUUAGCCUACGUACGGACGCGCGACGGCAACGAUAAGGCAGGUGGCUAUGGCAUCCAGAGCGGUGGUGCGGUGCUGAUUGAACGUAUCGAAGGAUCAUACGACAACGUCGUAGGCCUUCCCAUACGAGCAACGCUGAAAUUGAUUGAGAAGGUGAUGGAGCCUGAAGAGGAGCUGGACGACGACAUG